CUCUGUCAUUCUGAAGAGAUUUUACUAAGAACUAUUCUCUCGUACACUGAUCCGUUAUAGCCCGAUCAGGCGACGGAGCUCCAGCGAAAUAGAAGAGAAGACAGGAUUUACCGGUUUUCGAGUCGAGGGCUGUUUUUGUAUAGCCAGUUCAUUCCAAAUAAUCGCAGUCUCGCCCAAGAGGACUGACAACAUUUCAGUACUUUUCUACAAUCUUAUCGACACUGCCAUCUCUAUUGUCUAGAGUCUGGGGUCACGAGGCAUCACCUCCAAAUAUUUUUAUCUCAAGAUAAAAGGCAUCAUCUAUUAGUAUUUUUACAGACGAAUAACAGUGAAAAGCAGAAUUGCUCGGCAUCAUAAUUUUGACAGAGACAUAUUUUACUCAAUUUGUUUUCGGGGGAUUUCAAAGUAGCUACUAAAUGAAGAAAUAUUUAACACGGUGAGAUGCUCCAUGAAAGAAAUUACAGAAAGACACGCGGAUAGAGUAAAGAGUUGGACAGUUUGUAAAGGACAAGGAUCUUCUUUCUGGAGCUGUCAAGUGCAUAACACGGACUUGAGAAAUUUCUAAGUCGAAACUGAAAAUGAUGCUGAGUCCGGAACAAACUGAUUCAGAUCUACCGUGGAGCCAGUCAGACGCUGAGACAAUGCUGAACGAUAUCAAGGUUGGCUGCAUCACGGACGAGCCCAUGGAGGGAGAGGGCAAGACGAAGUCGCUGGCCCCGCAAGCCCUCAGCAGGGAGGAAAAGAGGCGGCGCAGGCGCGCCACAGCGAAAUACCGUUCAGCCCACGCCACCCGCGAGAGAAUCCGGGUCGAAGCCUUUAACGUUGCCUUUGCCGAACUGAGAAAGCUGUUGCCUACACUGCCCCCUGACAAAAAAUUGUCCAAGAUUGAAAUUCUGAGACUAGCUAUUUGUUACAUUUCAUACCUAAAUCAUGUGUUAGAUGUUUAGCACAGGACCCUUUUUACAAUGAGUAACGCACUCCAAGGACACAUGAGGACCUGUCUGCAGCAAACAAAACGGUAUCCUAAUUUUUGCAGUUUGCAACUCUUUGCGCAUCCUACAUUGGAAGUGCAAUUAGAAGAGAUUGAAACCACAUGAGAUGGCUAUCACCCAAGUGUUCAUUAGACUUUAGACAUGUAUUCAUAAAUUUAAAUGAGAUAUUAGGCUAUAGCUUAGAGCGAAGAGAAUACCCUCUUCAACCAAAAAUGGUGAUUGCUCAAAGAGUCGUGAACCAUUUAAAAGACUGUGGUCCCUGCUUUAAGCUAGAUACAGAAUAAAUGAUGCAAUAAGGUCGAGAGGGACGUAAAACAAAUCGAAUAACCAAUGUUGUAAUUUGUGUAUAUGGGCACAGCAGUGUAUAGUGUUUUUAUAGCAGGUCAAAGUACAGAGAACACCCGUUGCAUCACUCUGUAGAACAGUGAAGAAUAAACCAGCCCCUCUCCUCCUCUAAUAGCUGCUCGGUAGAUCUAGUUAGUAGUUGUAUGAUCAGGAGGAAAUUACGUAAAAGUGCCACUCGAAUUAUGACAUCGUGACCAUAACCACUCGCAUUAAAAUAUUUAUUUGUUAUUUAUUAUAUACUUGUUGAAUAUAUUUUAAUAUGAUUCAUGUCAUUAUUAUUUUUAUUUUUUUGUUGUUGUUGUUGUUGAAAGAUUGUUGUUUAGAUUAAUGUAUGUUGGUUGUAUGUAGCUCAGAGGAAAGUUAGCUUGUGUGUUAGAUCUUGUCAUUCAGUAAUGAUGAGAUAAAAAUGUUAAGCAUAAACUUGCACCUUUAGUGUUAAUUGAUUUUAUAUAUAUAUAUAUAUAUAUAUAUAUAUAUUAAAUCAAUUAACACUAAAGGUGCAAGUACAUCUAUAUAUUUUGUGAUGCAGUUAGUUAGAUAAAUUGGCUGUUUUUGCUCACCAGUUUGUCAUACAUUAGAACAACAAAUUCAUUAUAAAGAAAUCUUUUUAAUGAACAGCCAUUUUCAUCAAUGGUCUAUUAAUGUCAUCUGAAUUGUAGACAUAUGAUUUAUGUGACAAUAGACUGUCAAAUUACUGUAUGACCAAAAAUGUAAUCGUAAUUUUUCAAUUUUCACGUUUUCACGUCUGAGAUGUUUUUGACCCCCACUACCCCAUACAACAUGUGAUAUAAUGAGUUAUAUAGACUAAAGUUAUAACGAGUUAUUUUUUUUAUUUUUAUUUUUUUGAAAAACAUAUCUGCUAUCCAAAGAUAUAUAUUGUAUUUUCAGGGUCGUGCCCUUUAUUGCUUCAUGCACUUAUUUUGUAGUAAAGUUUCUGUGACAGAUUUUUUUAAUCGAAUUAUUUUGUUUUUCAUAUUUUGAUGUUGAUUGUUUUUU